GCCGGCUGCUUUUGAUCCAUUCCCUUGAGCUGUCUCUUUUUCCUCCUUUUCUCUUCUUCCUCCCUCCCCCACGCAUUCGCUCUUUCUUAAGACCAACAGAGACAAGAACCUACCGACACUUUUCCAGGACAACGACUACGGAACAUCAACACCAGAGGUACGACUAGAUUACGCUGCUGUAAUCCGCCCACAAGUCCUAGUGUACAGGCCACAACAACCACGACAUCGGUUUAGCUUCCUUGCCAUAUACGUUUAGGAACACCCAACACUGCCCAUCCGAUUGCUAUUUCAACUCUGGGGCCGCCAAGAAGCGUGCAGGCCAACCAGCAUUUCAAAGCUGUAGAUCUCGGCCGUUUUUGUACCUUCAACCACCCGCGCCACGCUCAUCGCCCAGGGCGACACAAAUCUCGCCUUUCAGCAGAGCACUCGCACCUGUAUGGUCUUGGCGGGGAACGACAGCUUUGGUCCACUGAGACAACUCAUACACGGCAACUUUCUACCGGACAAACAACCAUCAAGUCCCGCGUACGUAUAAGAGCAUCCGGCACGCUUCAAGUUCGCUCCUCCUCUUCCCGAACCAGAUUUGCAACAGCAGCAGCCGGCCGAUUCAAGCACCAACUUCGCGGACAGGCCGUCCCGGUAACGGAGACGAUUCUCGAACACUGCAGAGCAAGGUUUGUGUGGGUGUCCCUAGCGAAGCAGCACAAAGCUUGCUGUCAAAGGGGUUCGGGAUUGGUGAUCGGUAACACCGAUCCGCUCAAAAGUGAAAAACAGGCGCCCAGCUGGUUGGGACCGCAGCGGCGUCGCUUCUUUCACCAGUCUAGCCUCAGGGUUCGUUCCUUGUUGGGGUCACUCGCUCGGGGCUUCGGGUUCUCGGCUCCUGUCUCAAUUUUUUUUUUGGGGGGGUUACUCUUGCAUCCGUUUUGGACCGGCACCUGCUUCUGAUUCCGUCAGUGUGGUGUGCUGCACUGCGUAGGUGGCCACUCAUAUCAUCAGCGGCCAUCAGCCAGAACCCCCUUUCCAUCACGCACCAAAAGGAGACCUUGACGUAUUUCAUUCCGGUUCCCAGCCAACCCCGCGGGCCACGCCAUUCUUCCAGGUUGCCUGUGCCGCCUGCCCUGCUGGACGCUGCACCCUCCCACACCUUCUGGAAGAAAGCCCCCAAAGCUUCCUUCCACCAUGGCAGCCACGGUGCUUGCUUCUGCGGCCACGCAGACUUCUCAAGAAGAUCAUCCUCACACCUCGCACUCCGAGCCCAACUCCUCCGGGCCUGCGCCUUCGCCGCAUCAAUAUCCUACCGACCUUGCCAGCUCGAUCCCCGAAGAAGGCGAUGAGACCGAAAGUGACGCUACCAAUGAACCUGUCACGCCUGUGAGCGGCCGCCAGUCCCAGGACUUCCAUGAAUCCCUCGUCGCCCCCGACGCUCAUCCAAGCGACGACGACGACGUUCUCUACGGAUCGAUUGUUGCAUCCGGCAAGCCUCGCCCCUCCUUCUCGGCCGCCUCUGCGGUUAGCACAAAAAGCACACUUAACCUUAACGCCCAUUAUAAUCCCGCCCCCCGAAAGAACUCAAUUGCCGAGUCGACUGCCACCACCACCGGCCGCCGUUCCAACACUUUCAAACGCGCCAUGUCCGGCAUCUUCAGGCGCACGGCCUCCACGCUGGAGAGAUCUGUACCCGGCCUAAUGGAUCAUCACGGAGAUAGUGCGGUUCUAGACCCCCAUCCUCACGACAUGACUCAGCCACGAGAUAUUCCCGGCCGCCGCUUCUCCUUGGCCAGGAGUUCCAACACUACGCGGUCAAACACGCCUCCAUCGCCCGGCUCACCGCUAGAGAUGAGCAUCAUGUCCAAGGAACAAGCUUCAAGCCCGACGGUCCCAAGUCCUGACGCCUUUCUCGACAAGAAGAAGAGGGCGACGACAGGCUUGGGCCUCCGAUCACGCGCCAUCAACUUCAUUACCAACAAUGCUUCGCAUGACGAGGCAAAGCAUCUCCGCCGGCCCCUCCGUCGCCGUGCCAGCAGCUUCGAUACCUCAAAACGUGAAAAGUCGGCAAAAUCCGGCGCUGCCCACCCGCAGGUUGAGAUGUCAAGAGCGCCUUGGGAAAUUCCCGCCCCGACUGGCACCGGCUUGAAGGCCAGGCGUCUAAGCUUGAGCCUACCCGACGACUUUACCGUCGAUGUUGUCGAUCUUUUGUCUGAAUUCGAGUACCACAACAAACUCCUACGACGCCACGCCACGAUCGGAAAGGGCGGAUCAGCCAAGGUUACCCUCGUAUCACGGAAAGGGCAACCGGACGAAAUUUAUGCUGUCAAGCAGUUUCGAGCGAAGUCGAGUUCAGAAACAGUGGAAGAAUACCGCAAGAAGAUUCUGUCCGAAUAUACCGUUUCAAAGAGCCUUCACCACCCAAACAUCGUCGAGACAAUACGCCUUUGUACCCACCAUGGUCUAUAUAGCCACGUGAUGGAGUACUGCUCCGAGGGUGAUCUCUUUUCCUUGGUCCAGAAGAAGUAUCUCAUGUCAGAAGAUAGGGAGAAGGACCGUCUGUGUCUCUUCAAACAGCUAGUACAAGCUGUCAACUACCUUCACUCGAACGGAAUCGCGCACCGCGACAUUAAACUCGAAAAUAUUCUGAUUACUUCCGACAGCAAGCUCAAGCUUGCCGAUUUCGGCGUCUCGGAAGUUUUUAGCGGCAGACACCCUGGCGAGAGGGAAGCCGGUGGUCAGUGUGGCCAGGAUAUGGGAGAGGUGCGUCGCUGUGCCGGGGGCUAUCUGGGCAGCUUGCCAUAUGUGCCUCCGGAGAUUCUUGAGAAGGUCAGCGACUACGAUCCGCGCGCCGUUGACGUUUGGGGCGUUGCAGUCUGCAUGAUCGCCAUGACAUUUGGCGGCUCCAUCUGGAACCAGGCGACUCUAACUCCCUCUGACGGCUCCAAGCCGGAUGUUUGCUACGUCCAACUAGCGGAAGGCUGGAGAAAGUGGAACGCAAGACACGCUGGUCAGACUAAUCCAGUCCCUGCGGACACCGACAUGCCCCGCGCAAAGUUCAUGGACUUUGCCAUUACUCACAACGGACUCCGUCGCCUCCUGCUCCAGAUGCUUAACCCGAAUCCCGAUAAGCGCAUUUCGAUCACCGACGUCUUCAAUAGCAGAUUCGUCAAAAAUGUCGAGUGCUGCCAACUCGAAAGUUACGAGGAUCCAUCCAAGACGAUUGAUGCCUCGAAGAAGGGAUGCUUCGGAAAAGGUGCACCGCAGAAGAUUUUCUGCCACAACCACUUACCCCCCAAGGCACAUCAUGUUGCCGCUGUCAUUGGCAGAACCUGAAUGAUCACUACUCUAGUGGCUCGGGAUAAUAUUAUCACGACUAAUUUCUUUACCUUCGUUGACACCAUGGGAACAAUCACAGCAGAUACGCAAUGCGGGCUCUUUUGUGUCCAUUUCACAUUGCUCCCACCGGAGUUGAGUUGAGCUCGACGAUUGGGCGCUCUCAAUAUUUGAUAGAGGAGGAAUUUCCUGCGCAUUCUUGAUUUGGGUCGGAGAAGUUCUAUACAAGGGCGUUUGUGGGUGUCAAAUCAGUCAUUGUGCUGUUAGUGGGGUGGUUUGGUAUCAUGGGUUUUGGUUUUUUGAGCAUGGCGGUUUUUUCUUGUCUUGCCGAUUUGGAAGAGCGAUAGAGAAAGGGGUUUGCGCGGUGCAUCUUGGAGUCGAUAACGGUCCAGGCGGGUUCUCAUGAGACAGCAAGUAGAGAGCAAGAUCCAGAUAUGAGGAAGCGGGGAGAAACAAAUCUUUGAUUGUGUUGAGCGUCGUUUGCCAUGGAUAAGUCCUUGAGCCGCGAUCAGGCAACCCGGUGGGAGGGAAGAAAAAAAAAGAUCAGAUAUCAAUACAUACUCUGCAUUUCCCCUAUGAACGUCAUGGUCAUCGAGUCACCCUAUGUUGCUUUCCUUCAAUUAGCCACUCAUUGACUACAUCAUGCCACACCCGGAACCUCCCCCUUUGAAUUCAUGUAUGGGACCCCUUGGGAUGACGUGAAACGUUCGUGAUGGACGGUGCAGUGAUAGUACCUGUCGGCUGCUACAGACUCUAUUCGUUCACAGUAGUGGCAUUCAUCGACAGGUCAGCUAUGAAGGGUCUCAACGCGGGAAAAGGCAAAGCAACAUCG